CUUGAUCCUUUAACUGAUAACCAGAAAGAUAAAUAUUGGAGCGAUUAUUUCGAUGCUUUCGAUUAUGAUUUAUUGACUUCUGACGAUACUGAAAACGAAUUAUUUAUCAAUGAAAAUAUUGAUUUUUUGAACUUCCAAAAUAACCUAAGUUUCAAAUACCAGAAUAAUCUCAGUUAUUUAAAUAAAUCAAAUGAAAUCUUGUCGAUUUUAAACAAAUUAACGAUUAAAUAUGAUUCAAUUAUAAACGAUACUGUUCAAUUUACUAAAAAGUUUGAUGUUUUAAAUGAUCAGAAAUCGGAUCUCUCUAAUUUCAUUAAUAAACUUAAUUAUAAUAUAGAUUUCCUUGAAAAUUUGGGGUAUAUAACGAGAAUUCUAAACACACCUGGCUCAACUAUUGUUAGAAAACAAAAAUUCAAAAUUUGUUUGGAAAAGCUAGAUGAUUCAUUAGAGUUUGUUGAAAACAAUCCUGAUUUCAGAGACAUUGAUUCCUAUAAAAUAAGAUUUAGAUCUGGAAUGACAAAAGCUUUAACAUUAAUAAGAAAUUAUAUUAUUAAUUUUCUUAAAACAUUGUAUAAUAAUCUUCAAUAUCAAUUAAAUAAUCAGUCAAAUAACUUUAAUUUGGAUUUAAAUUCAAACUCAAUCACUCAAGACGCUUUAUUGUAUACUAAGUUUUCAUCCAAUUCGGAUGUAAUUAAUGAUUUGUCUAAUGAAAUUAUUAAAAGAAUUGAAAACCAUCAAGAGUAUAAUGGGUUAUUAUCUGAUUGUUAUAAUCAAUAUUUUAGUAUUCGUUCGAAAUUAAUUAGCUCAAUUAUUUCAAAAAAUUCUCAAGAUUUAGUAAUUACUAAGAAAAAAUUUUUAAGAUUUUCUCAAAGUAUGUUAUCAUAUUUUGUUAACAUUAUCAGACAAGAGCAUGAAUUAUUUGCGAUUUUUUUUGCAUUUGUUGAUGAUGAUGAUAAUAAUAAUAAUAAUCAAAAAGUGAUUAAAAAUGAAGAACAAUUAACUCAAUGGUUACAAACUCUUUGCAAGCCUUUAUAUGAUAUCUUAAAAAACCGAAUUUAUAAAGUAAUUGAAAUUAAAAACCUAUGUGAUUUAAUAAUUUUACUACAAAAAUAUUAUGAUUUUACUGAAAGUGAGGAUAGGAAUUUUUCAUUUGGGAAUGAGCCUAGUUUAGAGGAAAAUGAAUUUAAUGUUGACCUUGGACCAUUUUUUCAGCCAAUAAUCCAAGAGGCUCAAUCUCGAUUGAUUCUUAGGAUAGAAGUUUAUAUUGAUGAAAACAUUGUUAGGUAUAAGCCCACAUUAGAGGAUUUGAAUAUUGGGAACAGAAAAAAAGCAAGUGUUGUUACAACAAUUUCAUCUUCUGCGAUGAAUGGGAAAAAAUUGGAUUUUGGAAAUAAUGAGAAGAAUAGGAAUUUGUUUAAGGGAUUAUAUCCGCCGUUAUCGAAGGCUAUUACAUUAUUAUCUGAGGUAUAUCAGUUAGUGAAUUCGAAUGUGUUUGAUAAUUUGGCGCAUAAUAUUGUUCAUGCUUGUAUUAUUUCACUGAAAGAUUCGUAUAAAAUAGCUGAAUCGCAUAUUGGAAAGAUAAACUCCAAGUUAUAUCUUAUGGAGAAUUUAUUACUUUUAAAGUCUCAAAUUGAAAAUUUUGAUAUUCAAUUUGUUCAUUCAGAACCAAGUUUAGAUUUUUCGGGAUUAAAUUCGAUAUUCAACAAGAUCAAGAAUGGUGAAUUUGAGAUAAUGAAUAAUGGAAUUGUAAAAAUUUUUCGAGAUUCAGUUCCUAAAUUUGUGAACAAUGUUUAUGAUGCUAAAUUGGAGUUACAAACCGAGUUGAGAAAUGUUGUCCAUAGUUUUACCGAAGAUAUUGUUGAAGAAAUUUUGAAGGGAUGUAUUGAGAUCAAUGAUAUUGAAAGGGAUUUAAAAGGGGAAAGCAGAGAAAAGAUUAAUCAGAACAAUUUACAGUUUAAGGAAAACAUCAAGUCUACAUUUUUAAAAUUGAAAGAAUUGUACAGUAUUUAUAUAAACGAUGGACAAAUAAUAAGUUUCUUGAACGAUGGGAUUCAAGAGUUGAUUAUUCAAAUGUAUGAGAAAUAUCAUGAGGAAUUGAUCAAUAAAGCAAAUGAAUUAAAAUUGGAGAAUCGAAAGACAGUGCUACAAGAGGUCAUGGAAGUUGACACAUUAAUUUCGUACAUCAGUGAUGUAUCCAACAGUAUAUUUGAUGAGUAUGGGUAUGACUAUGAUGAUUACAAUAACGAUGAUAUUGAUGAAGACGAAAUG